CCCACCCAUUCAUAGAAUUGAGAGGACGGGCAUGCGCAGACGAGGGCCUUUCCCUCCCAUUCAUAAAAUAGCCAUUUUCCCAGGCAGCAGUUGUUGCAAUAGCGAGGCGAAGCGGAGGGGGAAGCGACGGCUGCUGCUGCUGCUGCUGCUGCUGCUGCUGACAGCGCAGCACUUGUAAGUCGCUCCCGGAGAAGCCAGGGGUGCUCCGUGCCAAACUGCCCCCCUUGCACGCCCAGCUCGCGAACUGUCUCGGAUUUAGGAUUAACUCGCCUGUUGAGAGAUGAUCUUGGCUGGAUUAUUUCAAGACACUUAAAAGCCGCGUUUCUCGGUGCUGAAGGACAGCCUGAGCAAUGGAGCCUCGGACGCCUCACAGCAUUACUGGGGUUCCCAAUUCCACUGUGGUGGUCCAGCCUCUCCUGGACAGCCGCAUCCCCUACGGCAGGCUGCAGCAUCCUCUGACUAUCCUGCCAAUUGACCAAAUGAAGACCACGCACCUGGAGAACGACUACAUAGACAACCCCACCCUGGCCCAGCUGGCUGCUCAGAAACAUCCCCGGGGCCACCACGAGCCCGCCCACCCCCCGCGAUGUGAGCAGGACAUCACCCACCCAUGGAUCUCUUUCAGCGGGCGGCCCAGUUCCAUCAGCAGUAGCAGCAGCACAUCUUCGGAUCAGAGGCUUUUGGAUCACAUGGUUCCGGCCCCGGUAGCAGACCAGUCCUCCCCGAGGGCUGUCCGGAUACAGCCCAAGGCGAUUAAUUGCAAGCCCUUGGACCUGAAGGGACCUGCUUCUCAGGAGAUGGACAAGCACUUUUUGCUGUGCGAAGCCUGUGGGAAAUGCAAAUGCAAGGAGUGCGCCCUGCCCAGGACUUUGCCCUCCUGCUGGGUGUGCAAGCAGGAGUGCCUGUGCUCGGCUCAGAACCUGGUCAACUACUCCACCUGCAUGUGUCUGGUGAAGGGCGUCUUCUACCACUGUACCAACGAGGACGACGAGGGCUCUUGCGCAGACCACCCCUGCUCCUGCUCGCAUUCGAACUGCUGCGCUCGCUGGUCUUUCAUGAGCGCCCUCUCUCUGGUCCUGCCUUGCUUGUUGUGCUACCUGCCGGCCACCGGCUGCGUGAAGCUGUCGCAGCGAUGCUACGACCAAGUGAGUCGGCCUGGAUGCCGGUGCAAAAACACAAACAGUGUGAUUUGCAAAGCAUCACCUGAAGGGAAAGUUGGCAGCAGGCCAGGGAAGCCAUUUUGAUCUCUGGAGUGAGGAGGAGGGGCGGGUGGGGGUGGGAAGUGCCGAAAAACAACAGGAAAGGGAAUUUCAUAACCUGCGUUGCGAGUGUAACGUGUCAGCCUUUUGCUUUCAACAAACGAAGGGAAAUGUCUCUUUCCAGGAACUGAAGCACUUUGGGAUUAUUCAGGGGGUUGUGGAAGUGGUGAUCUGUACUUAUUAUGCAGUAGGGAUCUGAAGGAUCUUUCUGAAUAUUUUUUUGCAGAGCAAAGGCAGAAAUCUACUAGGUAGGGCAAUCUGAAGACUGCUUCUGUUCAUUUCUUAGUCUUGGCUGCCUGCUAAGUCUACAUACCACAAGAAUAAUUAACAGAUGGGAUUGGCAGGUACAUCAACAGCUGAAACAGGGUUCUUAUUCCUAGAAGGUGAUAUCCAUUUCAGCCCCCUCCCCCACACUACUCCAACCUUUUAUUUAUUACCUGUAGACCAUUGGCAAUCAAGAGUUAAUGUUCUCAACACUUUAGUAGGGGCCCUGCCCAACCCCUCAAUAUCCCCCCCCCCACUUAAGGCAGUUAUUGAAAAAGAUCCUUCUAUCCAUUCCAUAAGUCCUUUUCAGUCAGCCUCCAUGGGCUAUUUUUUUACAGCAUGGAGAGGAUGUUGCCCUUAGCUGAUUGAUGCAUAUCAAGCUACAGUUGAGGCACAGAUGGAAAAGUGGGCAACCCCACCAGUUUCCUCCUCUUAAGGCCAUUUUAUUUUUGUUGCUCUCUCUCUCUUUUUCUUUGGCUUCAUUGAGUGUAUACAAAGAAUGCAUCUUGCCUAGGGACAUGAUCUGUCCCUCAUUUAACAUCAGUUGGAUGCUAUUGGUGUGUGUGCACCCCCCCCACCUGAACGAUUUUGCCAGUGACAGGAAGAUCUCUAACCUGCAAUCACUGAUAUGGAGAUAAUCCACUGCCUUCAGUAAGGCUACUCUUUGAGGUUUUGAUUCUUAAAGUGCGCUGGCAGCUAAAAUGCUGUUCUCUGAGCAAAGCUUCCAGUAACAGGAGUGCUUGAGAGACGAGGCCCCUUUUCAGCCACGUGUUUCAGAUGCAUUUGGUUCUGAGCACACAUUUAACACCAAUAAAUUACUUUGCCCAAUCAAACAGCACAUUCAGGGUAUCUUGCUUAAGGCAAACAAACAAACAAACAAAACUAUGAAGGCACCCAUAUCAUAAACCCUUCCAUGUCAAAUUGUGGCAGCCCUUCUCUCCUUGAAAUAAACUAUGUUCAGCUUAAUUGAGCUACACAUAAGUACUUACAGCAUAUGUGCCUAAACCAGCCUUUGGCAACCUGGUGCCCUCCAGAUGUUGGCUGGGAUUGAUGGGUGUUGUGGUCCAACAACAUGUGGAGGGCACCAGGUUGGUGAAAGCUAAGCUAAGAAAUCACCUUAUCCCUACAUUACCCUUCCACUUUGCACUCACAGGGCCAAUGCAAACUGAGCACAAUGCAUUUGCAUAUAUGUGGGAUGGGUUCACACACACACACACACACACACACACACACACAGUGUAUCAGUGCAACCCCAAGCUCACAUGAAAGGUGGAUUUGGUUUUGGCCAAUUGACAUUUGCUCAGUAUUUAAAUUCUCACUUUUAUUGCUGCUGCUCAACUUUUGUCUCCUGUAAAAUAACAUUAUCUUAGUAAAUACAGAGGAAUUUCUUUUAAAAAGGAAAAGAAUAAGUCUGUUUUAGCAUUAAGUACUUUUAGAGGAGCAUGUGGAAGCUUAGAGGUGAAUAUUUGUUACAAACUGCCCAUGAUUUUCAGUAGCCAACAGUUUUCCGCCUCAUCUAUACACUCAAGGUUAGGGUUAUUGGACGAGGGGCUGUUAAAUUCCUGUUGGGAAGAGAAUAGAAGCACCUCUAUUCAAGACCAAUGUUCCAUUCCCUUAAAGUGGAUUGAUCCCAUUCUAUCGACAACCACAAGGUGCUAAACAGAAAACAGUUCACCAAUAUAAUAAAUCAAACUGAGUGGGUAUUUGUUGCAUGCAAAAAGCUGAACUUAUGCUCUGCUGGUUUUAUUUUUCAACUUGGAAUUCCUGUACUGGAGUGAUUGUGUGAAAACUGCCUUGUUUUAAUUAGGCAAGCAGUAGGCAAAAUCACACUGUCAUUCUCCAAGCAAAUCAGAUUUCUCAUUUGAAAUGAAACACACACUAUACUGACCGUAGCAAACCAUGGUUCCGCACGCCCCAUUUUGCUUUUACUCAUUGGGGGUUGACUUCAUUUUUUGAGAACUGUAUAUAUUUAUUGAUUGGGAAAUAUUUUUAAUCUUCCUUUUUAUAUUUAUAAUAUGCUGGCUAUGUAUAUAGUGUUUCACAGAAAAAGGGAUGCUACACAUACGUUGUCAAGAUACUGAUUUGUAUAGUUUCGCCUUGCCAAGAACACACUGGGCACAUCCACUGGGAGCAUCUGCCCAUAGAAGUGAAUGGGAGAGGCAUCAAAAAUGGCUUUGGUGCCACUCCAAUCCAUUUCAAUGGAGAGCGUUUCAUAAGUUCCUGCUGGGUUGCGCACAGUAUGUUGUACAUAUAUAUUCUUGCACAAACUUGAGGGAACCAUGCAAUGGGGGAGUGGGGGGAAAGAAAGAGAAACUUAGCCAAAAUACUGUUGAAUGUAUAAAUCGCCGUAGCUUUUCAAGGGAUGGUAAACCAGGCUCACAGAGUAUAAGCAAGCUGGGCAUCCAGCCUCAUACACAACACUCUCGGUUAAUUAUAUGCUUUAUUGUAUCUUAUGCUCCUGUUAAGGUGGGUCAGCCCUGAUCAGGCAACUACAGAUUCUAGCUGGCUUGGCUGUCCAUAGCAAGUAAGCAAACUGGUGGAUCAGCACUUUGCCAAUUUAUAUAUGUACAUACCCACCCGGAACAUUUCUAUAUUUCUUAUACAAUGUUGUUGUGUUGUUGUUGUUUUUUAAAAAAAUGAAACCAGGCCUUUAAUUUUUACUGUACAUAGCUCUAAACCACUGAAAUUUCUACAUGGGCUAACCCCCCCCCCCAUUUUAAACCUGUCAAGGCCAAUCUGAUGUAAGUGGAUCAAUGUGCUCUAAAAGGCUGUGAAAGGAAAGCCUACACAAAUGUAGCAGAAUGAAGCUCCUUGUAUCGUCCAGGGCCCCCUCUGGUGUAGCAGUCAGUCAGCAUGUUCCUCCGGCUCUUUCCUCGAGGCCUAGCAACAAAGUUGACAAGUUUCAUACUGAGCAUUGAAAGGUUUCCGGAUUAGACCAGCCCAAAAGCCUGGACAACAUUACACUGUUCCUUUUAGAUGGACUUGGCUGCUGUGGUAGCAAAGGAUCCCUCCCGCUUAAGCCAACACACUUUUCCUUUUUUAAAAGGCCAUCUUCCACUUUUAAGGUACACACAUACACACACACCAUUUGACAUUGCCUCCAGGUUCAAAACACUUAAGUAUUCAAAAGGUUGGAUAAUAUGGCUGCAUACAUUUGAAACUGAGUGAAUGCUGCACUGGCUGCACCCCCCACCCCCACCCAAAGGUCAAAACUUAUCAGAAAAUGAACCAUCUUUCUUUUUAAUUGUCCCAGCAGGUCAGGCUGGAUCCUGGGGAUGACCCCAUCACUCAAGCGUUGUUGAUCUUGUUGUUGUUUUGCCUUCCUGAAAACUCUUUCUCAUUGCUUUAGCAAAGUAAAAUGUCUAUUUCCUCUUCUGACCCUAGUAAAUGUCUGUCUUGCAGCACUGUGCAUGUUUAGGUUUAUUUUUGUUCAGUUUUGCAGAAAACAGUCAAGGUUCUUCUUUACUUCUUCCAUCAACUGAAAAAAAUAUUGCCACAAACGUUUUCCUUUGUAUAGAAUAUUUAUUUUGAAGCUCUAUUUUAAUAGUAUUUAUUUUAGAAGUCUACUAUUGUAAGAGUUCUUCUGUUUGUGAAGAAAAAACAAGUUAAACUGAAUGUACUGAUCUAGAAAUUAUAUAUAAAAUAUAUAUUGUUAAAUA